AUGCGCCAGGCCAAUCUCGCCCUCGGCCACCCUUGUCCCCAAGCCCCCUUCGGCACCGUGAUCGUAAACCACACAGCGAAUUCGGGGCUCGGGGAGCUCGUCUGCACAGGCGCCAACAGCAUGAGCUCGACCGGGAACCCAACGCUUCACGGUAUGAGAAAUCGCAGCCAUAAACAACUGCACAUCGAUCCUCACGUCCCCGUUGGGCCGGUACUCCCUCUCGCCGCCCGCGGCCCUCGCGGCCUUCACCCAGCUGACGCUGUACACCAACGCGGAGAGCUGCGCGAUGUGCGCUUCGGCGGCUUCGGCGAGUACGUGUACGGGACGGCGAUCGAGACGCUCGUGCGCGACGGCUGGGCCCAGAUCCGGAUCCCGUCCGCGGAGGUGUUCCGCCGGUCGGCGGGGCUGCCGGGCUCGACGGCGCUGGUCGCGGGCGUGUUGGCGAACGAGACGGACGUGCUGUUCGGGUGGCAGAAUGGUGGGGAGGGAAGGUGUCCGGGGGGGUGCGGGAGGGUGCGUGGGCGGUGCGAGGCUGUGGCGGGUUUGGGGGAGUUACUUGAUUUGAUGGAUGAUGGCUUAUAA